AUGACAGUUGAUUGCACACAAUCAAUAUCUGAUUCGGAAUUAGCCAAUCGAAUUCGGCAUUCAUUUAAUGUUCUUGAACAAUGUUUAACAAAAUAUACACCGGAUCAAAUAGCAGUUGCAUUCAAUGGUGGUAAAGAUUGUACGGUUGUUUUACAUCAAUAUUCAGUAGUAUUCCAUAAAAAAUUUGCAAAUUUAACUAAAAAACCAACAUUAAAUGCUUUAUUUAUUCAUAAUAAACAACAAUUUGAAAACGUUUUAGAAUUUGUCAAUAAAUGUGUCAAAGAUUAUGACAUUAAUCUUAUUCAAAUAGAUGGCCGAAUAAAAGAUGCACUAUAUCAAUUGAAAUCUUCUCAUCCAAAUAUUCAAUGUGUUAUAAUGGGUACACGUUUUACCGAUCCACAUUCAUCGAAUUUGAAUGAUUUUUCACUAACAGAUCCAACAUGGCCAGAAUACAUGAGAUGUAAUCCAAUAUUAAACUAUUCUUAUAAACAUAUCUGGGGAUAUUUGAAAGAAUUUAAUGUAUCAUAUUGUUCAAUAUACGAUCAAGGUUUUACAUCGAUAGGUGAUAAAGAAAAAACAAUUAGAAAUGUGAAAUUGAUAUAUCAAAAUAAUGAUACAGGUUUAAUUGAUUACAAACCAGCUUAUUUAUUAGAUGAUGAGACCAGCGAACGAGACGGGCGAGAACAAUAA